AUGCUAGAGAGGCUGGGCUGGGCCGGCUGCCGGAGGUGCCGGGUGUCGCUCGUGGCCGCGGUCCCUGCCCCGGUCCCCGCCGCGGGGUGCGGGACGCGCUGGGCGCUGCUCGGCCCGCGGGCUUCGAGCUCUCUCUGGCGGCAGCCCGGCGGAACUGGCGGCCGGACAGGGGCACCAGCAUCCCCCCGCCCUCCUUCUCCUGCUCCCCUGGCAAACUGCAGCCGUCUCUCCCGGCAAACACUGCUGAAGGUGGAUAAGGGGCGCGCCGAGCAUCCCCCCCGAGAGGUUUCCCGGCAGGUGCCACCCCUCGAUGAACUCCUGUUUCCUUCAAAAAUGAUUUCCUUGCCACACAAAUACCGUCUUCGGCUCAGGAAGUGUACGAACUGCAAAUUGCCUGAGGAAGAGCUGCAGAGUGCUGAUCCCUCACCUGCUCUCUCCAGAACACCUGGGAGACUGAAGCCUGCUGGCAUGCAGUUCCUCACUCACAAUUUCUGCCCCCUGGACAUGUUUCCUCAUGCCUGCUUCAUUGUGUCUCUUGUCAUCUAUGCUUUUCUUGGGGCUCUCAUGUUUUCCCACAUUGAAGGUACCCGGGAGGUCACUGUAAGUGAAGAAUACAGAGCAUUUCUGAAGAAUCUGAUGUCCCUCGCCAGAAACCUAUCAGAUAACGUGACAGAAAAUGAGAAGAUGUUUAAGAACAACAUCCGUGAGCUUUUCAACACAGCUGACCCAGACUGGUUUAUCAGUCCAGAAGACAGAUGGAGUUUCUUUGGGUCUCUCUUUUUUUGCUGCACAGUAUUCACAACUGUGGGUUAUGGGAAUACCUAUCCUGUGACACGGACUGGGAAGUAUCUCUGUAUGUUGUAUGCCUUAUUUGGGAUCCCUCUGAUGUUCUUGGUCCUGACAGACAUGGGGGACAUCCUUGCAACUGUCUUAUCCAAGUCUUACAACGAGUUCAGGAAAAUACAGUCAAAAAUUCUUGCCUCUAAACUCUGUUCAGGAUCCACAUGUAGCAAAAGGAAUGAACUGAAAUCCAGGGCACAGUCUAAAAUAGUCAUCAAUGAGCCCCUGACGAUCAUGGAAGUGCUGAGAAGUCAGUCAGGUAUGAAAAGGAGGAGGGUCAAAUACCGCAAUGUGGAACUUUUUGAGAUGUUAAUUGCCAGGGAGAAUGAAAACACACAACCAGCAAGAAAUAAAAGCAUGGAGAGAUGGAGCUCAUGUCCUGAACUAGCAAGGGAAAAGACAGUGUCCAGAGUAAUUGAGAAUUUUGACAAAAUAGGAAAAGAGUUAGAAAAAUUAGAUGUGCCCUUUGUAUUGAUGGUGCUCGUUAUCUUUGUGUACAUCUCCUGUGCAGCUGCUAUUCUUCCAAACUGGGAAAAAAAUAUGGAUUUUCAGGAAGCCUUUUAUUUCUGCUUUAUCACUUUGACCACUAUUGGAUUUGGAGAUACAAAACUAGAACAUCCCAAGUUUUUCUUGUUUUUUUCCCUCUACAUUAUGAUUGGCAUGGAAAUUGUCUUCAUUGCUUUUAAGCUGGGCCAAGACCGCUUAAUCGUGCUGUAUAAAAAGGUGAUUUCAUUUUGUGCAGAGAAAAAUAUGCCAUCAAAGAAGAUAUAUCCAAAAUAA